CGGUCAGAGCGCUUCCAUGGACGAUGAGGUAGCCAUGUUGUAGUGGCGAGAAGAGCGAGUUGGCGCACAGACACAAAGCAGAACAAACUUCGAGAAAUCGUUGGAGUUAUCGGUCGCACGAUUCGAAAGAUCCGUUUAUUUUGGUUCCAGAUCAGGCUGCUGUCGUCCCGGAGACACCAUGAGCAGCGGCGGGACGCCCUAUCUGGGCAGUAAAAUCAGCCUGAUCUCAAAGGCCGAGAUCCGCUACGAAGGAAUCCUCUACACUAUCGACACCGAGAACUCCACUGUAGCACUGGCUAAAGUGCGGUCCUUUGGCACAGAGGAUCGGCCCACGGACAGACCCAUCCCGCCUCGAGAUGACACCUUUGAAUACAUCAUUUUCCGUGGCAGUGACAUCAAGGAUCUCACGGUGUGUGAGCCACCUAAGCCUACAUGCUCCCUUCCUCAGGACCCCGCCAUUGUCCAGUCGUCCAUUGGCUCCAGCUCCUCAGCUUCUGCUGCUGCUGCUCGUGCUCCUGCUCCAACACCGUUCCAGUCUGCUGGGUCUUAUGGUCUCUUUAACAGAGCCCCAGUUCCUGUCUAUAACCAGUUCAGCACCAGCCCCUUGGUUUCUCCUCAGUUUGGUGCUGUUGGUGUUGGCCGCAGCAGCCCCGGCUUGGACCCUUUGCGCAAGAGUCCUACUGUGGAGCAGGCGGUACAAACUGGCCCGUCCACUACCACUGCGGCUCCGGCUCCAGCCCCUGGAAUGGGGCGCAGGAGCCCUGCCCAAAGUCGCACUGCUCCCCCUUCCACCGCCGGCCAAGGCAGCCAGAAACCUCAGCACCGGGAAGCCGUGGACACAAGGAGGGGUGAGACUGUCAGGGGAGGCCGCAGCAGCCAGAAUUGGCCUGCACCCCGAACCAUCUCCGCCUCUCACAUCAGUGCUGUAGAUAGGGCUACCACUGCAGGGUUUACCCACUCUAUGUUUAGCCACUCAGGCACAGAUGUCCAGAAAGUCCCCAAGCCAGAGUGUGAGCAGGCGCGAGGUGAAGGCAGGGAUCCCAGUAAACGUUCCACAGCUCCCAGUGCCCCAGCUAACAGACGUGGGCGAGGAAGUGGACACCGUGGACGGGGGCGCUUCAACAUUCGCCGAGAUGGACCCAUGAAGUUUGAGAAAGACUUUGAUUUUGAGAGUGCCAAUGCCCAGUUUAACAAGGAGGAGAUUGACCGAGAGUUUCAGAACAAAUUAAAACUGAAAGAUGAGAAGACUGACAAAUCCGAGAAAGCACUGAAUGGUGAGGAUAAAGGUGACUCUGGCGUCGAAACCCAGAACAGCGAGGGGAAUGCUGAAGACGAGUGCGAUCCGCUUGGCCCCAACUGCUAUUACGACAAGUCAAAGUCGUUUUUCGACAACAUCUCCUGCGAUGAUACAAGGAAAGCAAGUGAGAAGUCUGGAGGCUCAGGAUUCCCAAGAGAGCGGAGGCAGACCUGGGCCGAGGAGAGGCGGAUGAAUGCUGAGACCUUUGGCAUCCCUUUACGUCAUAGGGGCCGAGGGGGCUACCGUGGUCGUGGCAGCAUGGGCUUCCGGGGUGGGCGAGGUCGUUCAGCCAGCCGAGGGUCUUUUGGCCCACCACAAGGAGUUGGUGGUUUCAGGGGAGGCUACAGAGGAAGCCAAGCUGGCCGGGAGUUUGCCGACUUGUCAGCGUAUAGGAAGGACAACAAAGUGGCCGCAUAGUGUCAGUGGGAAGAACGGACUACGGAAAGGUGCAACUCCUGAAACUUCAAAGGAAAAGUAGUUUGACCAAACAAGUGAAGAUUGUGUACUAGUUGUAUAUUUGUCACCAGCACUGGGGUAGACUGCUUGAAUGCAAUUUAACUUUCCAUAUCUUUCAAUGAUGGAAGUGACAGUGCACUUCUUAAAAAGAAAAACUGUCAAGAUCUUUACAAAAUUAUUUCCAGGUGGCAGAAAUAAUUAUGUAUAAAUGUGACAUUUCAGAGUGGCAUUGCAAAGUGUUUUUCAAUGACGUCACAUCCCUUCAUAAAAGCUGUAUUUGAUAAGAAUUUGUUAGCUGUUCAGGGUCGUACACAGGAGAUCUGAUUGUGUUGCUCACUGGCAUAGCUUUAUUUUGGAGGGUGUGUGUCUGUCCUUUUAAUGUCACUUCAGUACCAAAAUAGCCCACAGGGUCAGUCACACCUUUCUAAAUGUGUAUUUUUCUAUUGUUACAAACAGCUGUACGUAGUCAGCCCGGCUCACUGUUGCGUCUGUCCCACCUGUCGAGUGGCAGUGCUUGUGGCUUUCCGCUAAAUCAUCUCACCUAAACCCCUCACCGUCACUGUUCAUCCACUGCAACUUUUUUCUUUUUCAGUUGAUAUACAUCUUUAAGUGUUUAAGUUAACAGUGUAGCGUUUAUUAAUGAAACGUUCACUAGGUCUUGCAUUUUAACAUUAGUGUAAGAAGGUGGUAGCUGUCAUCGUGUACUCUACUAGUUUUUGUAGUAGUUUUAUUCCCAGGCUGCAGUUAAGUCAGUCUGGGGCAGCACAGGUCUUGACUUGGUCAUAGGUCAAUUUUCAGCUGGCUUAGUUCAUGUUUUACCUUUUUGCUGUGAUGUACUGCAUAGACCACUUGUACAUGUGUGAUUAGAGGUUUAAUGGUGCAGCAGUUUGCUAUAGACGCAUCUGCAGGAUAAACUAUACUGACAAGGAAUAAUGUCUAGCUGAAAGCAGUCUAGCAGCUUCCUAGAGAACAGGCGGGGUAACGAUGAUUGCACUUUUGAAACACUUUUUGAGAUGCUCAUGCAAACAUUAAGUAUGUUUUUGUGUGUCAGGCUGUUUAAUUACACAAACUAAUUUAUACAUUUCUGAGUUUAACAUCCUUUGGCCCUUUUCAGAUGUGCAAGCUGUAACAUUACAGGCAUCAGCUUACUGAUAAUACUCAAUAACACCAGCUGUUAAAUAUGUAAGCAUGCCUGUUGUUUAUUUUUAAAUUUAAAGCUUCCAUGGUCCACACGGGCACAACGCCCUGCUGCAACAAAGGACACUGAAAAGUGCACUUUUUUUUUCCCCAGUAAAAGUAAAAUAAGAAUUUUACUUAUUAGUGGUCACACAAUAUUUGCCAACUGUUACAUAAAUUUGCCAAAGAAGAAAAUUGCAAGUGUGCUACGGGUUGACUGUUUCGUUAAGUUCUGUAAGGUUCAGGAGGAGUUCUCCAUUUUCAACGUUGGAUUCCCAUCGUUUGUAAAAUUGGAAUUUUUCAGAAAGAUAUUGUCUUGCCUCCUAUUUGUGGGUUCUGAAUGGAUCUCUGCAAUCAAGGGAGGGGCUUAAAUGUGUCACGGACCCCAUCCAGGACACGUUUAACUUUUUAAGGAUUUUGGUGAUAUUGCAUACAGUAAUUAUGAGUGGAAUAAUUGCUGAAAUUGCAUGUCUGAAAGGGGCUUUUGUCUACAGAAUUCAAACCUGACCAACAAUAACACAAGCCACAGGCUCUCCAGUCAUGGUAGACUCCAUGUUUACCUUUGAAAGGUCGACUUGAUGCCACUAGAUUUACCCCGUUGCACUGCUUGGGUUAAAACCUGUAAAAGCCCCUAAAAUGAUGUCAGCCAUAAGUAGAAAAUAUAAUAAUGACCAAGAUGUUUGGAUGUAGCAACAGUUUUUGGUUGGUGGGGGUGGGGUGAUUAAAUAAACUCCCCGGAGCAAUAUGGACACUUCUUUUUUGCCAUGAAGGAUUGAGGCUGAUUGGACUACGAGCCUGAAUUAUGACUGAAAUUGUUAGAUUUUGACAUGGGAUGAUUUUCAAGUACUUAUCAGUAACUUUUGGGGGGGGUGGCAAGACAUGUUCACAGGUGCAGUUUUCCUAUUUCAAAGUUGGGAUGCUAUUUUGUGUUUGUACUGAGAUUGUGUUCAGCUCACAUACGCUUGUAGCAGCCUCCUCCAGGCUGGAGAUGAGUUUUCAGAUCUUCAGACCUGGGUCAAAUACUGCCAUGGUCUUUAGCACAGUCCAGUAACUUGGGACGUUGUGUUGAAGUGCUUUGAGCACCCCGUUGUGUUCAAACCUGUAAACCUUACUUGACCCAGGUCUAACUCUUUUUAAAGCAGUUUUUAAAUCAUUCAAGCAUUCUGGCUCUAGAAAGACUCCCCCUUGAUCAAAUGUCAUCUUGGCAUGCAAAGCUACCUUUAAGUACUUAACUGUGCUCAGGAAAUGUAGAGAAAAUAAUUUCUUGUUUUGCCUUAAUGCUUGAGAAUGACUAACUUCCAUCAAAGAUGACUGUGACGUAAUGGGAAAUUAUGUGUUAUUUGAAAGUUUAUAUUGUGUUGUAUAUUGCAAUGCACAUGAAUUUAUUUAAAAAAUUUACACAAAUUGAUGGCGUUUAAGUUACUUUGUUAUAGUAGCUAUUCCUUUGCAUUAAGGCGCAAUUUUUGUUUUUCUUUUUGGGGGGCAGUGGGAAAACAGGUGAUGCAUAAAGAAAAUGUGCAUCCAAACGCACACUUUGAACCUGUAGUUGAGUUUAGUUCACAAUGUGGGUCUCUUCAGCCACUGUCGACUGUCACAGGACAGUGGCGGCAUGUGUAUAAAUAAUUUCCACGUCUUCUGGACUCGCUGGUCUGUUGAAGCUGGCCAUGCUGUGCCUCCAUCUCUAAAUUAUGGAAUUCAACAAAGCACGUUAUGUGUGUUUUGAUCAGGUUUCCAGUUCAGGAUAUCCAUUCUUGGGAAUGCUUCGUGUAAUUAUCCAGGCGAACUGGAAGAGGAAGUGAUUUGACUUGUCGGUGCCAGUGGUUCUAAACUUUUAAGUGCUGCACAGCUUAAAAAAAAACUUUUAGCAAGCAGUUGUUUUGAACAUGGCAACACAUUUGUGAAAGUGAAAAUGUGCUUUAAUAUUUAUUUGGUUUAAAAGAAUAGAACCUAAAACACACUUUACACAUUUUGUCAAAACCUUAUGGCAUAUUCUUGGAUCUGUAAGUCUCACAGAACCACUGUGUAGCACAUUUGUUUUGUAUUGCCUCAGUUGAAACACACCAAGCAGUAUAGGAGGAUAAAUUGUGAUUCUCUAUACCCAAUUAUAACUGGUGUAUACAGACACAACUACGAUGGUCCUACCAGUAAGUUACCACUAAAUUGCUUGGGAGGGGCUGAGGGUUGUCUGGUCUGUUGAUGCAAUAACUGAAAUCAAUUGGUUUGAGCAUUGUGGUGGAACCAGGCAGGGCCAUGGUAGUUUGCCUUUUGCUUCUGGCUUCCAGUCACUCUGGAAUCACAGCCACGAUUUCUGUCUUUAAAGGCAGCAUGAUGUCCUCUUCUGUGGGUCUGGAUGAAAUUAGCUUUUUAUUGAGAGCAAAUAAUAAACAGUUGUUCAUUA